AUUCCAUCCAACCAUUAAAAUAAGCACGUUUGUGUUGUGUUCCUUCAAACUCAAAAUCACUUAAUUUUAAUUGUUUCACUGAGACAACAUACGGGAAAUGGCGUUCUCCACAGCCAGCUUCACCACUGCUCCAUAUGGCUCUUGGAAGUCCCCCAUCACAGGCGAUGCUGUCUCCGGCGCCACCAAGGACCUCGGCGGCACCGCCGUGGAUGGCCAUGGCCGCCUCAUCUGGCUAGAAUUCCGUCCAUUAGAAUCAGGGCGUGGAGUUCUUGUUCUUGAGCCAGAAAAAACAGGAGGUGAGGCUGUGGAUAUUACUCCUAAGGAGUUUGGAGUGAGAACAUUGGCUCAGGAAUAUGGAGGUGCUGCUUUUACUGUUUCAGGGGAUGUUGUCUUCUUUGCAAAUUACAAUGAUCAGAGGUUGUACACGCAGUCCAUCACUUCUCUGGAUGAUCCUCCUGUACCUGUCACUCCGGAUUAUGGUGGACCUGUAGUCAGCUAUGCCGAUGGAAUAUUGGAUGUACGAUUUAACCGUUUUCUUUGUGUUAGGGAAGAUCGUCGUGAAAGCAGUCUAAAUCCACCUACAACUAUUGUAUCCAUAGCACUUGGCAGCAAAGAUGUUCAGGAACCAGUUGUGCUAGUUGGUGGGAGUGACUUCUAUGCUUACCCACGUCUAGACUCUAAAAGUGAAAGAAUAGCAUGGAUUCAGUGGAAUCACCCCAACAUGCCAUGGGAUAAAACAGAACUUUGGGUUGGCUAUAUUUCUGAAAAUGGUGAGAUCUACAAACGUGUUUGUGUUGCUGGGAAUGAUCCUUCACUUGUGGAAUCUCCAACAGAGCCCAAGUGGUCCUCUGAGGGGGAGUUGUUUUUCAUCACAGAUAGGGAAAAUGGUUUUUGGAAUCUCCACAAAUGGAUUGAGUCUGAGAAUAAGGUCGUGUCAGUUUAUUCUUUGGAAGCUGAGUUUACAAGGCCGCUGUGGACUUUUGGUGUGAAUUCUUAUGAAUUUGUUCAAAGUUCUAAAAAGUUAAUUGCUUGUAGUUACAGGCAGCAUGGAAAGUCAUAUCUGGGUAUUGUUGAUGUAGAGGGCUCAGAGCUAACUGUGAUUGAUUUCCCUUGCACAGACAUAAAUAACAUAACGUCUGGUGAUAAUUGCUUGUACGUGGAGGGAGCAUCAGAGGUUCUUCCAUCAUCAGUGGCCAAGGUGACUUUUGAUGAUGAUAAAUCAAAAGCAGUGGAUUUCAAUAUUAUCUGGUCCUCAUCACCAGAUAGUCUGAAGUAUAGUUCAUACAUCAGUAAGCCAGAGUUAAUUGAAUUCCCAACUGACGUUCCUGGUCAAAAUGCUUAUGCAUACUUUUAUCCACCAUCUAAUCCUGAUUUCCAAGCUAGUGAAGAAGAAAAGCCUCCACUAUUAUUGAAGAGCCACGGUGGCCCAACUCAAGAAACUCGUGGAAUUUUAAAUUUGAGCGUUCAGUAUUGGACUAGCCGAGGUUGGGCAGUUGUUGAUGUUAAUUAUGGUGGAAGCACUGGUUAUGGCAGGGCAUACAGAGAACGACUUUUGAGACAGUGGGGAAUAGUUGAUGUUAAUGACUGUUGUAGUUGUGCUACAUAUUUGGUGGAGAGUGGAAAGGUGGAUAAGGAGAGGCUUUGUAUAAUGGGUGGCUCUGCUGGUGGGUAUACCACUUUGGCAGUUCUUGCUUUCAGAAAUACUUUUCAGGCUGGUGCUUCUUUGUAUGGAAUAGCUGACUUGAACUUGUUGAGAGCAGAAACACAUAAGUUUGAAUCCCAUUAUGUUGAAAAUCUAGUUGGAGAUGAUAAGGAUAUGUAUGAAAGAUCCCCUAUCAAUCAUGUUGAUGAUUUUUCUUGUCCCAUUAUAAUAUUUCAAGGCUUGGAGGACAAGGUUGUGCCACCGGAUCAAGCUGAAAAAAUAUACCAGGCAGUGAAGGAGAAAGGUGUGCCAGUUGCUCUUGUUGAGUAUGAAGGAGAACAACACGGUUUCCGAAAGGCUGAGAACAUUAAGAAUACAAUUGAACAAGAAAUGGUCUUCUUCGCACGAUUGAUUGGGCACUUUGAUGUUGCUGAUGAUAUUACUCCUGUCAAAAUUGACAACUUUGAUUGAUUGAUAAUACCUUUUUUUAAGGUACUGAUGUUGAAUUUCUCUGCAACUAUGUAAAAGAAAGUCCUAAGCGAUGUUUCUUCUCAAAUCCAAAUUGUGCUCUGCAGUAACUGAGGAACUUGGAUGAAAAUUCUUGCACCAAUGAGCUUCUUCUAUAGAGAGUCUAUAUUAAUGCUCAUUGGAAAGAAGAGUGUGCUGAGUUUCUACUACAUUUUAUGUUGGAGUUCAAUUUAGCAGUGUAUCUUGUUUUCUAUUUAUGAAUUUAUGUUUUGAAAGUGUGUUGAGGAUGCUGUAUAUGUUUGUUUUCUACAAUAUCUGUCUUGAAUGGAUAAAGUGGGUAAUGAUAAACCUUACCACCUUAUAAUAUUAAA